CUUUUCUGAAUUCAACGGCUAUUCACUGACUGGUAUCACUAUCCCUCUUCCACUCUCUCUCCACUCGUACAUAUAAUUCUCCGCCGAGUCACCCAUUUCUCUUUCUAAAAUUCAGUGAAAGCUAAUUCCCUUCCUCACUGCCGCCGUAUGAGCAUUUUGUACAUCUCUGUGCUUUGUUACAUCUGAACUAACUCUCAAACGAGCAUUUGCUUCCAAACGUUUGUAAUACAUCAACAACCAGGAAUCUGACUGAGUAGUAUCGUACCUUAUUCAGUUAAGCUGGUCCUUUAUCGUGUUUAAAUCAUCUCUCGAAGAUUUGCAAGCUCAGUCCUUUAUAGGCUGUGCGUCCGCAUUGAAGAGGUGCUGACGUAAUUCAACUCGGACCACCAGCUUGACUCAACAAUGAAAUCGAGCACUCAGCUGGACUCGGUAGUUUUCCGUCUAACUCCUACUCGGACAAGAUGUGAUUUGAUUAUCAUAGCCAAUGGGAAGAAAGAGAAGAUUGCUUCCGGCCUGUUAAAUCCUUUUCUUGCUCACAUGAAGUCUGCUCAGGAAAAAAUUGCAAAGGGUGGUUACUCAAUCAUUCUUGAGCCACCACAGUCUCAGAGUAUGAUAUCAUGGUUUACAAAGGGCACUGUGGAAAGGUUUGUGCGUUUUGUGAACACCCCAGAUAUCCUAGAAAGAGUGUACAUUAUAGAAUCUGAGAUCAUACAGAUUGAGGAAACAAUUGCCAUUCAAGGGAAAAAUGACAUUCAACAUUGCCUUGUUGAGGAUCAGCAAACAAAGGCAUUCAGGGACUGUGAUGGUAGCAAGUCCGAGGUAGUUUCUAAUGGUAAUAAAGCUGUUGUCCUUUACAAGCCUGAGGAGCAUAUACCACAAGCAAGUGGUUCAUUUUCACAAGAUGGGAAUUGCAGAGUACAGAUAUUGAAAAUCUUACAGUCGCGCAAAUCAGUGCUGGAAAAAGAACAGUGCAUGGCCUUUGAACGUGCUGCAGCUGCUGGUUUUCAUUUCGAUGACAUGCCUUUCCUUCUAUCAUUUGGUAAAUGCUUUGGAGCUUCACGUUUGAGGGAUGCCUGCUUCAGAUUCAUGGAACUCUGGAAGAAAAAACAUGAGUUUGGACAACCCCUUGAAACUGGAGCAGCAGAAGUAGUGGCAGGCCAAACAGAUUUAUUUGACAAGAAGGCUUCAUACAGUAAUGAGAAGCUAAACACAGACUGCAUUGCAGGUCAAAGGGUUCCUAUGGAUGCACAUCUGCCAAAAGGUCAACAUGAAAACCCUCAAGGCCAGUUUCCUAUCUGGUCAAUGUAUUCACCGUCUUCUGCCCCACCUCCUUUGCAGCCUUAUUAUGUCCAACGACUGCCAUAUCAUCACACUUAUUUACAGAAUAACCCUCUUUAUCCUCCUUACGGUGUGGAAGACGCUCAAGUGGGUGUCAUGCAGAGAAAUGGACCAAAAAUACAAUUGACAGAUAAGAAAUGUAGCAACAAUGAAGUGAAGAUUGAAGCUCCCCGGUCAUUUAAAGCAAAAGUUAGCAAUCCAAAUUCAAAUGAUGAAAGGGAAGUCAAUAAACCUGAAAUUGAUGGUGGAUACUGGCUAGCAUUUCAAAACAUACUAUUUAGAGAAUCAAGUGAAGAUAAUUAUACUGAAAAGGGUCACAUGCCUGCAAAGGGAAAAUAUGUAAGGAUACAGAAAGAUCCUACAGGUGAUGAUCAUACAACUCUUGGUGGGAAAGGUGCAGAUGAUUUGCAGGAUAGUAGGGAUAAUGUCAUUCAUAGAGUUAGUAUAGACAUGUCUUGCUGCAUCCCCAGUGGAUCAAGUGAUGGUGUUUUACAUUCUAUCAGGGAGUGCGGCAACAUCUUGGGACACGAUGAUCAAAUUGACCUUCAGUAUGCUGAGACAAAUGGGGGAAAGGUCUAUGCCGAAACUGUGAGUCAUGAUUCUACGUUGGCUGGUUGGGAACACUUCUCAGGGUCAAGAAAUUCUAUAAAUACACUUGCUGAAAAGGGACUUCAGAGUGUGACUAAUAUACUGGAUAAAGCUUCUUCACAAUAUAUGGCUGAUGAAUCUUUUAUAGUACCUGUUAGGUCAAUGCUAUUCAAUGGUGCUGUACCAGAAAUCAUCACUCAUUGUGACUGUGAACUUCCUACAGCUAUUAGAAAUACAGAAAGCAAUUUUAUUGGAGUUAGAAGCCAAGUCAAUUAUAAGAGAAGUAAUCUAGACCUAAUUCCUAAAUGUGUGUCAGAAGAAAAUUGCAGAAGGUACAACCCCACUUUGGACUAUGAAAUGAAAGCUCAUGUUAAAGAUAACAUUUCACAGGAAAAAGGAAAAAAGAAAGCCUCCAGUAUUGUGAAAGAAGUAAAUACAAAGAUGGACAAGGACCAGAGAGGAAAAGCUGAUUUAGAUAAUAAAAACACUGUAGGACCCAUAAGAAGAGAAAAGCUAUCAAUGACAAGUCCUGUACAUUAUGCACGAGUUCAUGCAGAGAGAUUAAGAGCCUUUAAGGAAGAUACCCAGAAGAUGAAAAUGGAAAAGGAAGAGGCAGAUAUUAAAUGCUUAGAAGCUUUAAAUCUGGAAAGGCACAAGAGAAUUGCAGCAAGAGGCAGCUACACUUCUGCCAAUUUAGUGGUACCACUAUCACAGAGAAGACAGCAGCCAAUAAACCCAUCGCCAUCCCCCAUCAGAGGGUCAAAGUUCAGUGAUUUAGAACCAGGAUCAUCAUCACCGUUACAGAGAUCCAAAAUAAGAAAUCCUCUCGUAUCAACUAUUUCUCCGAAGGAUUCUAAGUCACAUAAAUUUAGUGAUGGGCAGUCGAACAAUAACAGGUUAACAAAAUCAGCAUCGUCAUGGUCUGAUCCCAAUAAGAAAAGCAGUAAUAUUGUGACACCAAAUUCAAAAGCAUCCACGACAAGGGUUAGAAAGUUAUCUGAGCCAAAGACUGUAAAUUGGCCUGUUGCAUCAGUCAAGGCACAUAGUUCUGAAACAUUGAUAAGACUGAGGAAAUCCAAAGAACCUGAGAACACCAAAAUAUCCGAAGUCAUAGACCUUGAUGCAACACAGGCUGCAACUCUUCCUGAACUGAAGAUCAGAUCCCCAAAAGGGCUUUCAGAUAAUAUGAAUGUUUCAGGACCUCCAAUAAAUUCUGCAAAUGUGAAAUCAAUGGUGAAUGGUGAGAAAGCUCCAUGUGACAGUGCAGGUGAUGAAAACAUUGUUGAGAAGGCCGUAGUAAUGCUUGAAUGUGAAAUCUCAUCCUUACCUGUUGCCCAUGCAUCAGGAGAGGAAUGUAGAGUACUUAGCCAACAGUGUUACAGUCAUGGCCACUUAGGGGAGAAAAUUUCAGUAGUAUUUGAGCAUGCAGUGCCGACUGAUGCACCUCCUUCACCUUUUGUGGGAUUUGUCAGUGAUCCUAUUCCUGGCUUGGAUCAGGGACAACUGAACUCAUGUGAGGUUGGAGAAAAAUGUGCACAUGAGACACCUAAAGUUGCAAAAGCGGGCCCUGGUGGAAAACCUUAUGAAGCUCCUUAUGCUCCUAUGACCUCCUUGGCAGUCUCAGACUUGGCAUUAGCAAAACCAAUGAAAUCACUUGUGGAAAGUGCUAGAACUGAUGGGGAGUAUACCAUUCAGGAUGAUUCAGCAAAAGCUCGAGUUAAGGAGCCACCAAGAGGCCUCUGGAGGCUAUGGAAAUUUGGUAAGAAGAAACACUGUCCCACUGCAUGUGAUAAAAAUCUUGAACCAGACCAAAAAAGUGUUAAUCGGCUAAAGCAUCAGGAUGGCCAUGCAGCAAAUACAACUUCACCAAGUGAAGUUUAUACUUUGAAGAAUUUGAUGUCACGAGAUGAAACCUCAGCAGUUGACAAUGCUGUUCAAAAGUCUCGUCAUUUUUCUUUGUUGACCAACUUCUGGAGUAGGACAAGUGAAAAGAAGUUAAGGUCAUAAAACCAAGGUUUACUCAGGGGGAUGAAUUGUGUGGAGGCAUUUGAGUCUUGACAGAUAGCCUGGGCGUUAUGUUGCUGCCAUUGCUGUAAAAGUCCUUGUCAAACCAUGACUAAUUCCCGCUUAGACCAUCUCCAACCCACGGGGUGAAUAAAUGCAAAUUUCACCACAUCCUACUUUUCUCAAACAUCCCUUGUAUUUUGAGGAUGAAAGGUGGAAAUAACCAUUCAUGAGAUGAAAAAUCCAGCCCUCUUUCAUUCAACUUUUGGGACAAGGAGGCAGUGAGCUUAAUGGAGUCGGUCGUUGAAUGCCCACUAAAGACCGCUUGCUUCUCUCCAGUGGCAGAGCCAAAAAAUGGUUCGGAGAGGUCGAAACUCAACUAUAUAUAGAAUAAAAAUGGUGGAUUAUGUUUAGACAAUGCCCGAGUUGAAUGUUUCAUAUGUAAUUUAAAUAAAUGCUACUCCCUCCGUCCCACUUAAAGGUUCCCACCCGGUUUAUGAUGUUUGAAUGAUCAUAAAAUUAAUUGAUCCCUGUCAGUAAUAAGGUUAUUUUUAGUAAAUAAAAUUUACAUAUUCAGAAACUACAUUAAAAGUUUUAUAGUACUUAUCAAGAAAAAUUAAAUUUGAUAAAAGUUGGAUAUAUAAAGUAAGCUAAGGGGUCGGUCAAAUAGGCCCUUGAACUAACAUAAAGUGUUCAAUUAACUCCUUAUAUAGGAGGUUCUGCUCGGCCGUCGCCAAUUGGGGCGGUUUUCGGUGGAAUUUUUUGAUGAAAUUUUUUGAGCAUCUUCUUCAUUAAGUCUAGUUUACCCAUAUCAAAUUUCAGUUAAAAUUCAACCGGGAAGACAGUCAAAUGAUUUUCCAAAAUGUACUGUGUUGUUUAACUGCGCAGCUAUCUUUAAAAAUUCAUUUGUCUGUCUUCCCGGUUGAAUUUUUAGCUGCAAUUUGGUAUGGGUAAACUAGACUUAAUGAAGAAAAUGCUCAAAAAAUUUCAUCAAAAAAUUCCACCGGGAAACGCCCCAAUUGGCGACGGCCGGGCAGAAUCUCCUAUAUAAGGGGCUAAUUGAACACUUUAAGUUAGUUCAAAGGUCUAUUUGACCCUUUAGCCUAUAAAGUAAAAGAUUAAGAAGAAUUCAUGUUAACUGGAGAAUAGUGGACGAGAACCUUUAAAUGGGACGAAGGGAGUACUUUCAAUGAGACUACUAGAUUUAUAGAUUUGAUAUAUAAAUCAUAUAUAUUAUAAACUUGUUUUUAUACUUGUUUAUUCGACGGGGUUUUGCACAACUGGCUGCCUCGGAAGAUACCUUUUGUCUUACCUUGUAACUCUAAUAGUUACCCGCUCAUCCAACUUAAUAUGGUUAUUUCUUACCUAAAAA